AUGUCGCCUGUGGCAACCGAUUCUCUCGCUGACGGCCGUGUCGGCUCGCGCAUCCAGAACUACACAAAGUUCUUCCAAGAAGACUCCAGCAAAGAAGCUCAGGUCGACACCGACAACCGUGUCAUGAACUAUGCGGACGUUAUCAAUGGAUACUAUGACGGCGCGACGGGUCUGUACGAGUUCGGAUGGUCGCGUUCCUUUCACUUCUGCCGGUUUUACAAGGGCGAGGGCUUCCAGGCGGGGCUUGCGCGUCACGAGCACUAUCUCGCGGCACAGAUGUCGCUGCGUCCUGGUAUGAGAGUCCUUGACGUCGGCUGUGGAAUUGGUGGUCCUGCGCGCGAAGUUGCCCGCUUUGCCGGCGUUGACAUCGUCGGUAUCAACAACAAUGCGUUCCAGGUCGGCCGUGCGAAGCGAUUCACGCAGAAGGCGUCGCUGUCGAACCAGGUUUCCUUCGUAGAGGGCGAUUUCAUGAAGCUCGUCGAGAAGUUCGGGCCGAACUCGUUCGAUGCGGUGUACGCCAUUGAGGCGACCGUGCACGCUCCUUCCUGGGAGGGCGUGUACGACCAGAUCAAGCAGGUGCUGAAACCGGGAGGGGUGUUCGGCGUGUACGAGUGGUGUAUGACCGAUGCAUGGGAUCCCAAGAUUCCCUCGCACAGGGAGCUCGCUCACCGCAUCGAGAUCGGCAACGGCAUCCCUGAGAUGCGGCCGCUGGCGAAGGCACGCCAGGCGAUGCUCUCCGUCGGCUUCGAGAUUGAACAUGAGGAGGAUCUCGCGGAACGCCCGGACGAUGUCCCGUGGUACUACCCCCUGGAAGGCGACAUCUUCAAGGCGCAGACGGCGUGGGAUCUGUUAACAGUCUGGCGUAUGAGCUGGAGCGGCAAGAUUGUCACGCACUGGGGUCUGUGGUUCAUCGAACAGGUCGGCAUCGUGCCCAAGGGUACGUGGGAGGUUGGCGAGACUCUGAAGAUCGCCGGCGACGCGCUCGUUGAGGGUGGUCGGAAUAAACUCUUCACCCCCAUGUAUCUCGUUAUCUGCAGGAAGCCUCUUGAUAUUUGA